AUGGAUUUCAUGGAAUCUUCAGCAAAAGACCUGAUGAAACUAAUUGAUGAACGAAUACCUUUGCCUACGCCAACAGAUGGUGUUGGCCAACAAAGAAGUCUCUCUUCUCAAGCUCCUCGUCUACCCCUACCUCAUCUAGCUGUCUCAACACCAGAUCGCUCUCUCCAAACAGUCAAUCCGUUGAACCUUCAGUCAACUUUGAGUUCUAAUACUCCUCCUGCAGCGAAUCAGCCAUCUGAUUCUGCUUCAUCCAAAUUAUUUUCCAUUGACGCUAAGAGCAGUUCUGAAUUAGCGUGUCUGCCUCAACCUACUCAUGCUACAAUUUUAACCAUCCAAGUUAAUGAUACUAUUGACCUAACUUCAGAUACUAGCGUAGAAAAUGCCUUCGGAGAACGACUUAUUUCGGGUUCCGCCAACACCUCAGAUGUGAUGGUUUACCCUAGGAAAAGUCGAAAACAAAAUAUGCAGAGUCUCACUUGUCUUUCGAAUCCAAAGAAUGGAAUAAUCUCUACUGUACAUGCCCAGCCAUCAGUUACAUUUGCUACUAAUGUCUCUAAUCCAAACCAAACGUAUUUUGAUUUGUCCCAAGCCGGUCAAAUUGUACCGGUUAGUCAAGUGGUUAAUUCUUCACAAGUCUAUUCAUUACCUUUGUCUGUUAUUCCUGAUGUCCACCUACUCCCAACCGCACUUUUACCUCCGGUUCCGCCUCAACCAGCAACUAAUACGCAUCAACUGCCGUUGCAACCUGUUCCACAGUUAACUAUCGCAGAAGCUGCUGAAGGGGUUUGCUUACAGUGGUCAGUCACAUACCCCAGUGGAGCUUUUGAACCUGCUGUUGCAUAUGAAAUUUAUAGCUAUGCCUCAUCAGAAGUGACUUUGGUCUCUCUUCAAACGUGUUUACCAUGGAAAAAGGUUGGUGAAGUGACUGCCCUUCCUUUGCCUAUGGCCUGUACACUAACUCAUGUCGAAGCAAAUAAUAUGUAUUACUUUACUGUAAGAUCAGUUGAUCGACUGCUUCGAUAUAGCUCUUGGUCGAAUAUCGUAAAUGCUUAUGUUAGUUGAAAGACGAAACACGAAUACCGAGAUAUAAUGCCGGAGCACUUGUGCGUACCACUAUUUUUCUUACUUUCA